ACGGAGGUGAAAACCGCUGAAGUCUGCACGAUGGAUUUUAUGUCUGGUCGAUGGGAAGUUAUUUGACAAGGAAAAAAAAAACUAUGUUGCAUCAGCGCUUCAGAGUGAAAGUUUGGACCGACGGUCUCUAAUGAUGUUCACACUCUUGUCCUUCUCUGCAUAUUUAUUUUAAAUAUUCCUUUCUUUUCUCAUCCCUUUCUGUGACUCCUAGUUUGAGGGUCCAAACCUUUCUCUCCAUGAACUAACCAAUCUGUCCCACUUUUACUUUAUUAUCUCCACAAAAAAAUUUCCUGUGCUCCUUCUAUUCACACACCUCUCCCCUCUUCUGUCGCCUGCCCUCUUCUGAUUAUGUCUGUAUCCACGAGAAAUCCUCCUCACCGCAGACGCUCCUUGGGUCCUGUGUCACCUAAGAAGAUCUAUAGGAACCUGUCUGUCAGACUGAGAGGUGGAGAGUCACCCGUCACUGCCGAAACAGACGCACUCCAACACCAGAGCAAGUCAGCAGAUACAUACACGACGCUUUGGGAGGCAGUGGAAAAUGAGGAUACUUUGGCUGUACAAAGCCUGUUGUCCAGAGAUGGAAGCAAGAGUGGAGGAGGAGGAAUAUGGGAAAGAGGAGAGAAGAAGGAGAAGAACUGGUGUCAAGACAGGGAAAAGGGGUUGAACCGGGUGAGCGAACAGGGCCUGGUCCCCUUGGAUGUGGCUACCCUGACCCACAAUUCCCCUCUGCUUCAUGUGUUGACAAAGGCUGGAGCCAGGCAUAACCCUAUUUUGUGUCAACCAGCAGAGUGGGCCCUGAAGUUGGAUGAUCUGGUAACACUUGCAAGGAGACGAGUGGAGGAGAGAAAGAAGGAGUUAUUGACGAAAUCAGGGGUGGGGCUUCAGUCACAGGCUGACAUCCAGAGACAAAUCCGUCUGUGGAGCCUCAGGCUGCAACUGUACAGCCGGAUGAGGGAGAAUUUUCAAAACACGGAGCUACCUGGACCUCCCAGUCAUGUGUCCUUAUUGGUGACCAGCACAUCCUCUCUGUUUGUGAUGAUUAAAGAGCCAGAUGGUAGCGCCCCAGGGCUAAUCACCUGUUACAGAGUGGAAUGGAGCAAGUCAGCCAACUUCAAAUGCAUUCUUGGCUCAGCCCAAGUUACAGAGACCAGGAACCCAUCCUAUAGUAUCAAGGGACUCACAGCAGGUGUGCAUUACUUUGUUAGAGUGAGGGCCUACAAUGUGAGGGGAUGGGGCCCACCUCAGUGUUCUUUUCCAGUCAGCGCUGCCCCCUCCAGUUGGAGAGAGUGCAUUGGUGUAAAGGCACAGUUUAGGAAUCAUGAUGGCCUUGUGAGGAAAUUGUUGGAAGACACCAGAGAGCCACAUUAUAGAGGAUACUUCACUGAGAGCUCUAAACCGCUGAGUCCCAGCAAGCAUCUGUCUGUGUCUCGAGGCAUCAAACAACUGUUCCACUCUGCCACUAAGUUUGUUCGUCUCCUACAGAGGGGUGUAUACUUGGCGACUGUGUUUUAUCACAAGGAUAACAUCCUGGUGACAGCUGAAGAUCAACUCCCAUUGGUGGAGAUCCAGUGCUGUUCGACCUCCAUCGCUCACAACUUCCUGUGGUUUGCUAAGCUGUCAUGUGCCUGGCAGCAAGUGCCCUGGCUCCAGCAGGCCCUCGCCUCUGCUCAUUCGUCUUCAUCAUCCCUCCUCCAGAACAGGCAGAACAUUUUAAAAGCUAUUUCCCAGCUGCAGUCUUCACUGGAUACAGUGGACCUGGGCCAAGUGUAUUAUGAGCCACUGAAAGACAGACAAGGAAACAUACUGCUGGUGACUUUGAAGGAGUUCUCAAACCCUCCCAGCCCUCCUGAUCUUCCGUUGCACUGGAUACCCCUGAGCCGCUUAGAAAAGAACCGCAGCAGAAUUCCUCUCUUGCCAGAACCCACUGCCAUGGACACUCUGUAUGAGCAGCUCAAGGAGAAGCUGUCCUUCCACAGGCGCAGUGUUCGGUGGGCCCAGCCAGGCCUCUACGUGGGCAUCUUGAAACUGUGCAGCUCGGUGGAACAGAUCAGAGUCCUGGUGCCGCAGAGGCUGCCCAACCUGCUCUGCCACACACGGGUCCGACACAAUCCACACGUGUCCAGAGAGGAGUGGACCUGGCUCCAGAGUCAUGUUUACACCACAGCCAGCGGCGGCACUCAGAAUGUGUUGAGAGGUGAAGACGAGAGCUGGAUGGAGACCAGUGAGCUGGUGGAGUUUGUCAGGUCUAUCCGAGCAGCAGUCUCUCAUCUCCUAACAAAGCUCAACAUCCCCCUGUACAGGGCCUAUCAAUACGGCGUGUACACUCAGGAGCUGCUGCAGUUUGGAGACAAACUGUCUAUGUUGCUGCUGCUGCCUCCAAGUGAGGACUUCAGCUCCAGUUAUUGGCCUCUGGUGGGAACAAAAGAGCCUGGUCUCACCAUGCCUCUGCAGAUCUUUGAGCUGGUUCACUUCUGGACCUAUGAACAAGACUUCAUGUCCCAAUACUGCAAGGCAUGGGUGAUGCUGGAGAUGGACACUCAUCUGGCUCAGCAAGCUCUGAGGGAGGCCCUGGACACCAAGGAGGUGCAGGAGGCCCGGGACCGCCUCAACCACAUCACCAACCUUUCCCAUCGCCUUGAUGUAGUGUGGCGUGAUGCCCGCUGGAUUAUGGACUGUCUACAGUGCGUUCGGUCCAAGCAGUGGGUGGGUGCUGUGCCUCUAGGCCUGGUAAUGGGAGGAGACCCCCCACCACGUCCAGAUGAUGAGGAAGAGGAGACUUUGACUGCUCGAAUAACGUGGCCUCAUCAGACACAAGUGCAGCGAACCAUUACAGAGAGCUUAAUCAGUGUGAGUCCACCUACUUUUGUCACUGCUGAGGUCGCAGCUACAGCAGAAACCAUGGGUCUUCCUGAAGAGGCUGCAGUGGCUUUAACAGAAGGCAUUGCAAAGGGAGGAUACCCUGUAGACAUCACUGCCCAAUCUACUGUAGAUUUGUCUAGCAUUGACCAGUCAGAUUUAGAAUGUACCAGCACUUUUCAUGAGUCAGGACUGCAGCCAGCUGCACUUGAGCAGUUGAAAGAAGGAUAUAUGAUUUUGGAUGUGGAACAGCCCUACACUCUGGAAGAGGCCAUUCCUACAAGCAUCACUGAGGUUAUACAGCCAAUGGAGAUGGCAGAAUUAGUGGACAUCUUGCCCACAUUGAGUCUUAUAGAGGGGGAGAUGCCCAGUAGUCCAUCCACACCAUUGAUGGUGGAUAUGCUGGAGACCGUUGGACUGGGGAUUGGUGGAAAUGCUGAUUUACAUUUAGAUAAAGGAGCAUCAAGUCAUCUGUCUCUGCCAAAUCUCCACUGUAGUGACAGCAGCAGUGUGGAAUGCUGUAAGAGUACAGCGUUACAGCAACAAGAAAUGGCAGAGUCUUAUUCCAUGAAUAAUGCUAGUGGUAGUGUCAUGCCUGUUUUGAGUUCGGACUUCUUGCCAGAGGCUGUAGAAUCAGAGCAGUUUGCCGGCAAGGGAAAAUGUUUUCCUGUGAGAAACCAGGUGGAGUGGGACAGACCAUCUCACAGCUCAUCCUGAUAUCUACAAACCAGCAUCUGGCAUUCAAAUCAACUCUGGGGGUAUGUGUUUGUGGCCCCAUUACCACACUACGGAACCACCAUGGUUUCUGAUUAGCGACAGGUUCAUCACCAGCUCCCAAAAGUAGCCAUCUCUCUGCUGCAACCAGGUGAAAUGGAGGAAUCCCUUUGGUAUUUACGAGCCACUGGUGGUCCUCAACAAUGAUGUACAUACAUGCUGGAUCAUGCACAGAGCAAAGGGCCACUUGUACCAAAUUUCAUAGUUGACAUUCACAAUGGAAGACAUAUUCCUCAUCUGAGUCUCCUUAAGUAAGCAUUUAUGUGACACAAAAUCAUUACAGUGGUAUCCAUGGAUCCUCAGGAGAGACUGUACCAAAGUCACCUUUGGUCACUAGUUAACAUACAAGUCUAGAUAAUGUACCAGUCUCAUAACCACACAGUGUCAUUGUGUGAAUUAAAAACUGUAGUAGACAGAAACAUUGUCAAAAAAAAAUAAAAAAUAAAUCUGAACUAAUUUUUUUAUUUUUUUGUGAAUCAAUGAAAAAUUCUAAAAAAAAAAAAGUAAAAAAGAUUACAGCUGGUAACACCAAAAUAAAUAAAAAAAAAAAACUAAAUGGUACAUAAUAGCUCCAAAUCAAACAAAAAGCAUCCAUACAGUAAUUUAAUUCAACUAAAUUGGGUUUCAGGCCCUGCAAUAGUCUGGCGCCCACGUUACUUGUGCUCUGAUUGGCUCAUUACCGGUCACAUACAGUAGUGUUCAGAAUAAUAGUAGUGCUAUGCGACUAAAAAGAUUAAUCCAGGUUUUGAGUAUAUUUCAUAUUGCUACAUGGGAAA